AUGAGACACUCUGAUGAGGAAGAACCUCACGAGCAUGAGGAAGAUCACGACGAGGCACAUCUGCAUCCAGCGCGAACAAAUGGCUUUGUGGACGUUGAAACCGGCAGCCACAGCACACAGACCCCAGACGAGAAGCCUCGAGACCCUGAACUAAUCGGUUGGGAUGGGCCCAAUGACCCGGCAAACCCCCGAAACUGGAAGACAAGCAAGAAGAUAGUCAACAUUGCGCUCAUCAGCAUCCAGUGUUUCGUUAUUCCCCUUGCCAGCUCCAUGUUUGCACCAGCUGUACCAGAAGUCAUGGUAGAGUUCCAGAACGCCAACGCCGAGUUGGCGUCCUUUGUCGUGUCUGUCUUCGUUCUUGGCUUUGCAUUUGGGCCGUUGCUGCUUGCACCACUUAGCGAGGUCUACGGCCGCGUCUACCUUUACUACAUCUGCAACAUCCUAUUCGUUGUAUUCACUAUCGUCUGCGCGAAGAGCACGAGCUUGGGUAUGCUUACCGGCUUCCGUUUCCUCUGUGGCUUUGUCGGUGGAAUGCCUCUGGCUGUCGGAGGAGGUUCCAUCACCGAUAUGAUGAACCAAGAGAACAGAGGUGCCGCCAUGGCCCUGUUCGCUGCCGGUCCCUUGCUAGGUCCCAUCGUCGGUCCCAUCGCUGGAGGCUUCCUCGCUGAAGCGAAGGGAUGGAGAUGGAUCUUCUGGCUUCUGACCAUCGUUGCCGGUGUGUGUACCAUCGCUGUUAUCGCCUUCAUGCGCGAAUCAUACGCCCCCACGAUUCUCGACCGCAAAGUAAAGCGUUUGCGCAAGGAGACGGGCAACCAAAAUCUGCGAUCCAUCUAUGACACGCAAAUGCCCAUCAGCACCUUGCUCCAACACAGUCUUGAACGACCCGCCAAGCUAUUGAUGUUUUCGCCCGUUGUGCUCGGUCUCUCCACCUUCAUGGCCUUCUGUUUUGGCUGCCUAUACCUCCUCUUCACGACAUUCACACUAGUGUAUCAAGAAGUGUACGGCUGGGGCGUCGGCUUGGACGGCUUGUCAUUCAUCGGCCUUGGUAUUGGCUCCAUCUUCGCCAUGAUUGUAUUCGGCCUGACAUCUGACCGCAUCGUGAUCUACCUGACACACAAGAACGGCGGCGAAAUGAAGCCCGAGUACAGGCUCAUCCUCCUCAUUCCGGGUGGCUUUGCCGUGCCAAUUGGCCUAUUCUGGUACGGCUGGGCCGCCGACGCGCACACGCAUUGGAUCGUGCCUAUCCUCGGCACUGUGUUCGUUGGUGUUGGCUUCCUGGCGUGCAUGGUCACCAUAACCAGCUAUCUCAUGGAUGCCUUCACCGAAUAUUCAGCCUCUGCCAUCGCCGCUAGCGCCGUGAUGCGGUCUCUCUUUGGCGGCUGUCUCCCGCUCGCGGGACGCAAGAUGUACGAUUCCAUGGGAUAUGGAUGGGGCACGUCGCUGCUGGCGUUCAUUUGUCUCGGUCUCUUGCCCAUGCCAUAUCUCUUCUACAGAUAUGGUGAGCGCUUGAGGGAGAGAUUCCCCGUAAAUCUAAGAUAA